AUGCUGGCCGGAGAGUAUAUAAGGAAGCAAAUCGUCUGUAGUUAGUGUUUCUCUGAGCUCACUGAAACAGAUCUUGACAGGUUUUGUUGAAACUUCAUCAUGCAGGAUCAGAUUAUCUUUAACAGAUGGACAGUUCUAGCCUGGUGGUUGGUGUUACUAGUGCUUGUCCAGCAGGUGCUCUGCAGUCCUGUGCCUGACAAAACGGACAAACCAGCAACAUCUGAAAAAGAUGUUCAAAGGUCACUUAAGAGAACAGCUCGAAUGACCCCAUUAUGGAGGAUCAUGGGAACUAAACCACAUGCAGCUUACUGCCAGAACAACUUUGAGUGCUCAACGGGAAUGUGCCGGAAAGGCCACUGUUCCUACAGCCAGCCGAUAAAUUCCUAAAAUGAAGACUCCCUCCUCUGAUCUGACGCUCUUCACCAUAAUGCAUGUAGGCUACCAAACAGAAUCAGAUGACAAGCAGUUGAUUCUUUAAGCAACUGGGGCCAAAUGAAUGUGCAGUGCAGUUAAUCUUCAGUUAGCUAUAGAGUUUUCUAACACCACAAAGGAGGCAAUAGGUAAUGUUCUGAAGCCAUUUCCAGAAUUGUGGAAAAUUGUGCUUAUCAUAAAAUGUUGGCCCUCUUGAAAGUGCAAAGAAAAAUCGACAUAACCUCAUAACAUCUGUAGUGGUAUUGCUUUACUGGAAGUAUUAGUAGUUAUAUUUGCAUGUUAUUUUUUCAAAUGGAGUAAAGAUGUUAUAAUACAUGUAUCACACAGAUUUCAGGUUGUGCUAGGAAGUGAGUAAGCUAGGAUGUAAGUAAUGUAGAAUGUAACCUUGGGCCAGUUUCCAAAUUAAGCUCUAUCUUGGAUUGUCGACCCUAUAGUACUGAAAACUCAGGACUAAAUUUAGCCCCAUCCUGGUCCAUAGUCUUAUAUCAUGUUACAUGGAAGCUAUAUAUUGAGUAGACAAAUGUAAUGCAAAAAGUGCCGUAGCUCCUCAGAAAUGUCGUUGAACUAAAGUUAGUCCAGAGAAAAGAGGGGCAGAGAAAGCGCAAAGGUUGCCCUUAUUGAUUGUGCCUACAUAUUAACUAUUUCUUGAUCCUUUCCCCUUUAUCUAUGUGUGCUUACAGUGGUAGUAUUUAAUAUAAUGUAAUGUCCAGACAUGUAGCUAUUUAUGUUGUUAUAUACUGUACGAAUGUUUUAUUGCUUUGACAGUCACCUCAUCUCAUUGAUCUAGACAUGGAUUUUCAACCAUCUUUUUCAAUAAUUUGAUUACUUAUUUAUUCCUAUUUUAUUUUGUAUGUCUCAACAGUUUAUAUGAAGCUAAUUUUCUAAAUAGUAUUGAUUUAUAAGAUUUACAUGUCUUGUUUUGCAUACUAAUCUACUGUAACUCUAGAAUAAAUAUAUAUUGUAUAAUCUAAACGAUAUGUUAGGGUUUUAAAAUAAAAGAUUCU